UGUAACUGUGUUUGUGUUUCAUUCACACGCAUGGUCCAUCUGCUCUGACGUGGUGACGAAGCUGAUAAACUCUAUCCUUCCGUCCGUAUUUCAUCGUCAAUUUGCGUCAUUUCAUCAACAGAUAGAGAGAGAGAGAUGAUGAUGAUGAUGAUGAUGACACACACAGGACCUGAUUUCUUCUCUGCAUCUGGUGGGGCACUGUCUCUCUCCUUAACCUCUUGUUCGUUUCGCCACAAAUCUCUGAGCUUCUUUGGUCGCUUCGAUUCGAAUUUAGACAAGAAUAAGAAGACUCCUACUCGUCGAAUGUUUAAAGCGAGUCUAAUAACUAAUUCCGAUUCUUUCGAAGUCGGUAGGCUUAUUGGUAGCUAUGGCUUCAUCAACAUCACCAGUUACUCAGGAUUACAAUUGGGAAUGGACAUUGAAAAUUCAGCCGGAGAUGUCGGCCGCUUAAGAGUUCAAGAUGUGGGAGAAGGCAAUGUGAAAAUCAGGCUUUAUGAAGGAAGAAUAGCUCAGGGUCCACUUAGAGGCACUUCUGUUAUUUUUAAGGUUUAUCCUGGACAACAAGUUGGUGGUGUUGAGGCUGAUAUGAUGGCUGCAAAUGAGCUAAAUGUUCAUGCAUUCCUCCAAAGCAGUUCGAAAACUGUCUCUCAGAAUCUCCAAAUACUUCUUGGUGGGUUUGAGACAAAAACUGGGGAGCAGUGGCUUGCUUUUCGUAAUGAUGGGAAAUACAGUGCCGCAGACUAUGCAAAAGUUAAGAGUGAAAAAAUGUCAAAACUAGGAGGGAAAAACUCCUGGAAUCCUUUUGAAAAAGAGCUAACUAUAAAGCGUAGAAGAUUUUUUGUUAUUAAGUUGCUUCAUGGUGCUUUAUGUGGCCUAGCCUACAUGCAUGACCAUGACAGACUACACCAAAGUCUUGGACCUGCUUCUGUUGUACUCAAUACUGUGGAUGAGAAAGAUGCAGCUUACCUAGUUCCACGGCUUCGGGAUCUUGCUUUUUCUGUUGAUAUACGGUAUUCACAACUAGAGGAAGGUUCAGGAGCAUUGUCAGAAGGACUUUGGAGACGGGCAUCUGCAGCUGGUGCAUUCACUCCUAUGGAGAAAAGAGCCUUUGGAAUAGCAGAUGACAUAUAUGAAGCAGGUCUUCUUUUUGCAUACUUGGCGUUUAUUCCAUUUUGUGAAGCAGGAAUCAUGGAUAGCCUUUCAUUGCAAAGACUUCUGGAAAGCACUUUUCGACUUGAUCUUGAAGCUACAAGAGAAAUUUUUGGAUCCAGUGAACUUAAUUCUGAUGAGCUAUAGUUGCAUUAAAGACCUGAACUUCAUUGAGGAUUGGUGUAUCUUUGCUGGAAUAGCUACUGAAUUAUGCAUUGCUCUGACUUGUGGGUUGUCUAUUCUGACCUUUUUGCUAGUUCCUGUCAGACUAUGCCCUUGAAAUACUGAUGAUGGUUGUGUCAUUGAUGUAUAUUUGGUGGAAUGCCCUUUAGCUACUGAGUUGUGCUUAGCUCUGACUUGUUGGUUGUGUUGCCUGGCUUUUCUAGAAGGUCCCCUGGGCCAUGAUAGACUAGGCCCCUCAUGGGAAGGCUGUGUAAUCUGAGGUUCCUACGCAAAUGAAGACUACACACCAGAGGCAUUUGGGCUUUAUAUGCUGAUGUUUGCUUGAAUCCUCACCAGAUAAGGGUCCCCUGAAUGUUUAAAAAACUAUUUAUCAUAUUUUUUGAUUGUUGAAGUUUAUGUCGUGAAAAACAAUUCACAGUUGUUACUUGUAGAUGGCUUGUAGCUUUAUUGUGAAAACCAUAAUAGUAGAGCUUGAAGCCACCUGAUUUUGGGUCUUUCCAAGCUCUCCUAUGCCAAAAAUGUUGGCAAAAGGAGUCAGGUUGCAUUGUCAGCAUUUAACUAUGCUCCAAUUAUUUUUAGGUCUGGUCGAGGAUCCUGUUUUGUUUGCCUAUCCAUUCUGAUAACCUGCUAGCGUAAGGGCUGAUUAUUAAUUGAUGUCUACUAUUUAUGCAGCCAUACUUAGCUGACCUUGAUGAGUGAUUGUAGACAUACUACUAGCAUUAGACUUCUGCCAGGCCAUUUGCCAAAUCUUUUCUACUUUUUGACAUUGCUUACAUUUAGCAGCUUCAAACGUAAGACCAUCUGAUAUAUUUACAUUGGUAAUCGUCGCCAAAUGUUUCCAUACUAAUACAAAACAAUUUUCUAAUAUUACACCUCUGGAAUCAUGACCUUUUUUUUCCUGCAGUCCCAUUGUGUUAUCCCAUUUAUGUUUUUAAUAUGGCACUCCUUUGCCAUUGAUCAGUUCAUUUGCCCUUUUUUUUAUUUUUUAUUUUUUAUAUG